UUAUAAUAUAAACACUAAACUAUUGAAUAGAUCUUAAUCAUUUUUUACUUGAUUUGCCGGAUACAUUAUGAAUCAAAUAACAUGGUUAUCUGUAUUCUAUACCAAAGGAUAUUUCAUCCUUAUGUUAUGUUUCUUUAUUUAUAUUCCUUCAUUGGUAUCCCUAAAUGAAUCGGAUGUGACAAAUGAACAAAUUAUUGAUUAUCCAUCAAUGAAACAAAUACUCUCCAAAGUUAAGAAAGCUAAACAAUUUGAUGUAUUGAAUGAUAAAGAGAAGAAUAAAACAGAACCUGAUGAAUUAAUUAUAGCUCCAGUACGAUUUAAUCGUUUACGACGUUAUUUUAGACAUCAAAGACGUAUGAUGAGAGCACAAUAUAGAAUGAUGAGAUUACAAAGAAGAUUAUACCGUCGACAUUAUCGUCGUCCAUUUGGUUACUUUCCAUAAAUAAUAAUCUUGAAUUAUUUAAAUAUUCAUUUUACAUUAUUAUUACUACUUAUUAUUGAUUGUAACGGUGAUCUUUCUGAUUGUUUAUCAGUCAAGUUGGUGAGUUCUAUUGAUGAACUAAUUCUAUUUUCAAAAUUUAUUUCUCGUAUCAAAUGGAUAAAAGGCGAUUUGACAUCUACUUUCUAAUUAAUUCUGUUUAAUUUUACUGUGUAUUGAUGAAUUUACUAAAAUAAAUCUUAAUGAGCUGUU